UAGACCCGAGUAAAGCAAAACUUUUUCGAGAAAGUGAGUUGUGGCGAUUUGCGCUGUGUACUAUGACUCGUCCUCUGAAGAACAGCCACUAACAGCCUCCACCAGGCGUGAAAGCAGCAAAACUGGGACUUUUCCAGGACAAACUAAGUUCGCAGACUCUUUUGGGAUAAUGGAUCCGAGCCAGCAUAAUCCUCCUGCCGGACACCAAAUCGUCCACGUACGGGGCGACUCUGAAACCGACCUGGAGGCGCUUUUCAACGCCGUGAUGAACCCGAAAAACACCAUCGUACCCCCCUCCGUACCCAUGAGGAUGAGGAAGCUGCCAGACUCCUUCUUCAAGCCUCCUGAACCAAAGUCCCAUUCCAGACAAGCCAGCACUGACGCCGGGACCGCUGGGGCACUCACCCCCCACCAUGUCCGUGCACACUCGUCCCCCGCCUCCCUCCAGUUGGGAGCUGUUUCCCCGGCCUCCAUGUCUGGCAUGACCCCAGCAGGUGCCUCCCCUCAACACCUCCGUCAGUCUUCUUAUGAGAUUCCUGACGACGUGCCCCUGCCCCCGGGGUGGGAGAUGGCCAAGACCGCCUCCGGCCAGAGAUACUUCCUCAACCACCUUGAUCAGUCCACCACUUGGCAGGACCCUCGCAAGGCCCUGCUCCAGAUGAACCAGGCCGCCCCUGCCAGUCCUGUGCCAGUCCAGCAACAGAACCUUAUGAGCCCAGCCAGCGGUCCUCUCCCUGAUGGCUGGGAACAAGCAAUUACAUCAGAGGGUGAAAUUUACUACAUCAACCACAAGAACAAGACCACCUCCUGGCUGGACCCACGACUUGACCCGCGCUACGCCCUGAACCAGCAGAGGAUCUCCCAGAGUGCCCCAGUGAAGCAGGGGGGGCAGCUGCCUCCCAGCCCCCACAGUGGAGUCAUGGGGGGCAACAACCAGAUGAGACUACAGCAGAUGGAGAAGGAACGGCUGAGACUGAAGCAACAGGAGCUGCUUCGCCAGAGGCCCCAGGAGCUGGCUCUGAGAAAUCAACUCCCUGCCAGUAUGGAACAGGACGGCAGCACCCAGAAUCCCGUGUCCUCCCCUAUGGCCCAGGACGCUCGCACCAUGACAGCCAACAGCUCCGACCCAUUCCUCAACAGCGGGACGUACCACUCCAGGGAUGAGAGCACAGACAGCGGCUUGAGUAUGAGCAGCUACAGUGUCCCUCGCACCCCAGAUGACUUUCUCAACAGUGUGGACGAGAUGGACACAGGGGACUCGCUUCAAACCUCUAUGGCAACGCAGCCCAGUCGUUUUCCCGACUACUUGGAUGCCAUCCCAGGAACAGACGUGGACCUGGGCACCCUGGAAGGUGAGAGCAUGGCGGUGGAGGGCGAGGAGCUGAUGCCCAGCCUCCAGGAGGCCCUGAGCUCCGACAUCCUCAACGACAUGGAGUCCGUGCUGGCAGCUACCAAGAUCGACAAGGAGAGCUUCCUCACAUGGUUAUAGAAGGCCUGAGCAGGGCGCUUCUUACUCCUAACCCUACACUUUGAACUGCUGCCUGCUCUAAUCUGUGAAGGAUGCAUAGAUGCUUUUACAAGACAUUUCAGCAAGCCUCUCUGGACAUCUAUCUCUAUCCUGGCAUCUAAGGCCAACCUCUUUUGAGGCAGUAUUGCCCUGCUCUUUCUUUCCCUGGUAUUGUAUCUUUAUUUUGUCUGUGUCUUCAAGGCUGGCCCAUGAACAGACAAUUACUCAAGGGUCCCCAAAUCUUUCACAGGUCUGUCAGUGAAUCUAGGGCAUCUUUACCUGGGGCAGGGGUUGCUCCUUACCCUGGUCUCCCCUCAUAGCUGAGCUGGGCGGAUGCAUGUACUCUUUUGAAAGGACUACCAUCAUCCAUUAUUGCCUGGAGUCUCUGGUGCCUCUUUUUCUGCUAUAUAGUGUGAAGCAGCACAACUUGUAUGUGUUUGGGACUAUUGCUUCUAGCUCUAUUAGCAUUCUAUUUGGCCUUUUUUUAUGUUUUUACUCUCUUUUUUUAUUUUCAGUGAGCCUGAGAAACCAAAAAUGAUGUAUCUGAAGCAAAAAGAACAAUACUGAUUUGGAGUAAAGGUUAAUACGAGGCCCAGUUUAGACGUGCUGGCUUUGGUGGGGGGAUGGGGGCGGAGGUGGGAGCCUGGGGACCUACAGUACUACAUUGCUGCUUGGCUGUGCCAGCAAGUCUAAGUUAAACCGUUGUCAAAUCAAGUGCCUUCAGUUGUAUUUUUUUGAAAAAUGAGCAAAGCAAACAAUUACCAAGUUUCUGUAUUGCAGCAAUAAGCGAUAUCUAAGAGGCAACAUCAACCACAUUCUCCUCUAUGUACGCUAAUGUUCAAUAAUCAAGACUGUAUUUCUGUUUUAUAAACACAUAUUAUAAGGGGAUUUAGGGAUUUUGUUUUUUUCGGUUGAACCCUAGCUUCUUUGUAUUUCAGUCUUAUCCAAGCCUAAUUCAUGAUUCAUUCUUGAUUUUAUCUUUUUUAGUUAUCUUUUAUUUUAGGUUAUUACAUAUGUACUAUAGCUUAGAUCAAAUGGCAUUUUGCUUUGGUUUUUAAUUUCUUUCAUAGAUGAGUUAAUACUUUUUUUUUUUUUUUUUUUUUUAAACAGGGUCAACUUUCAGCACAUCACUUGCAGCACAUGAUAUUCACCAAGGUGGAGUUUUCCACAACACAACUUGAUUCAGUUUUGGCGCCUUUAACCUGUUAGCCAAUUCUCUGAAUUUCUAUACGCAUAUUAGUGUUAUCCUAUGUCUAUUGAGCACACGCAGCUUUUAUUAUUUUUUUUUUCUUCAAUGUUAAGAUAUUCCUACACAUUAACCAAAAAAAAAGGUAAAUCUCUAGCCUGAACCGGAACAAUAGCUCUUUGAUCAAUUAAACCUCAUGACAAUGCUACACUAUGAAAGAGUUACAAUGUUUGAAAGUGUCCUCCUAAAGAGGGAGUGUGUGCCCUCGGGGCCUGUGCUAUAUGCUGUGCUGUGUUGAAAUGAGGGCUGCUUGUAGACUACAGCUAGGACGUGUUGAAGCAGGUUUAAGAGUCAUGUCAAGAGGUGUAGAGUGGUAGUGUAGAAGGCCAGGGUUUGACUGACAGCGGUGAGUUACGCAGAUUGUAUGACUUCUCGUGGAAACAUAAAGAAACAAUCAGUUAUUAUUUCAGUCAGGAAUUGUUGCGACAUAUUCCAAAGAUUUUUUUUUUUUUUAAAUGAUUCUAACACUUAUCUCUGCUUCCCUUUUUACGAGUCCAGAAACAGUAUGAUUUGUAAUCAACGUUUGUAUGAACAAAAAUGUAUAAGCUAAUGAGAAUAUGUAGGGUUUUCUUGUGUGUUAAUGGAUAUGUCUGAAUAGAUGAUAGCUGAGAGAGAUUCCAAUUUUUAGACGAGACAGUUGUUUUGAGUGACUAACCCUGAGAUUUGAGGAUGAGGUUUUAGAAAUGAGAAGCAAGUGAUAUCUUCCAUAGCGCUCACAUUGUUUACAUUCAUUCGGAGCAAGGAACUGCUACAGCAAAGGUGGAGAAAAUGCAUUGACAGUUCCUCUUCAUGAUCAGAUUAUUUUGAUGAUUAUAUGUUUACAUCACGACUACACCUUUGCAAUACUGCAGAAAUCUUUGAAUAAUCAGCCUGCUGUGCAUGUCUUUGGUUGAUGGAACAAUGUUGUUAAAAAUCAGAGACAAGUGAACAAAAAUUUUGUUGUUGUGAGAUUUUGUUUCAGACACUUCCAUUAUUUUGGAUUUUAUUGAUCAUUAAAUCGUCUUGAUGGUGGGAAUAAGAUGGAUAAACAGUGUUGGUGAGAACAACGUAACUAAAAUGACUUUAAAGAGAGUGGUACACUACAGUGCUUGUAUUGCACGGCUACAGAAUUUUUGACUAAAUGAUGCAUUUUGUCACAGAAACAUAAUUUUAUGCUUACCUAGUGUGUAACUGUCAGAGCAUAUUAGCUGUUGACUGUCAUUGUAGCAGUAGAACUAAUCACACAAGUUAAAGGAUUUUGUAUUUAGAUUUUUUCUAAAUGCACAUGAAAUGAAUUUAUAUUCAAUAAUGAUCUGUUCAUUUUUUUGAUAGAUAUAUGUGCAUGUGUUUUAGAACAAUAAAUUCUGUUACAUUUUAUCUCUCUUCAUAUGAUACUUUGAAAUUGGCCUGAAAUAAAGUAUAUACUUUGUGGUAA